GGUUGUAGUUAUGGUAGGGUAUAAGUGUCAAAUUAUCACAAAAAUAUUUAAAUUAAACGUUUAAAAACUAGCAAAAUUAAAAUAAUUAAUUGGGAACACAUAAGAAAAUUACCUGACGUACUCCUACUUCCUUAGUUUUUCAUAGAAUAGAACAAACACUAUCUUUUACAAUUAUUUGAAACGUAAAGUGAGGUUAAACAAGACAAUUUUUUAAUGUUUUUUCCGAAAGAUUGCAAAGUGGUUAAUUAAAAGGUAAUAUACCUUUUAAUAAAGUUAACAAAAUGUCGUGCCUUUAUUGCAAUGCAAAGUAUGGCUUGUUUAAUAAAGAGGCUGGCUGUAGUAACUGCGGUGUUUCUUUGUGUCAUAAGUGUUUAAAACAUAAAUAUAAAGUUCCUGCAACUGGCAAGGAGACAAAGAUAUGUGGGGCAUGUUAUACAAAACUAACCAAGGGAAUUAAAACAGACACAGAAGAAAGACCACCUCCUGAUGUAUUUCUAAAGAGAUUAGCUAAUCUACAAAGUUCAAAAUUAACAACUGCUUCAGACAGUAACAAUCCUCAAGGAUUUAAGCCAGGAUUAUCACCAGCAGACCAACAAAUAGUGCAAAGAUUGGAAAAACUUAAAGCUAAAGACAAUCAAAAAGUCCUACUCUCUGAUGAUGAAAUAAGAAAAAGACUGGACAAUCUUAAGGGAGAAACAACAAAAGCCACAAUCAUUUAUGAUCCUAAAGCAGUGGAUACAAGAAGUGAUCAGGAGAAAAUCGAUUCUCUCUUAGAACAAUAUGCUUCUGAAAUUAAUAUUAAAGAAGAUCAUGAAUCUACAAAAGAUUUAGAAGAAAGAAUUGCAAAAUUAAAAGGAGAGAAAACUAUUAAAGAGAAACAGAAAUUGAAUGAUGAAGAUGAUGAAGCAUCUGAUGAAGAAGUAGAAGCAGAGAAAGUUGCUAAAAAAGUAAUGUCUCAAAUUGCUUUAGAAAAUAAAAGUGAGGCCAAGUCAAUGGAAAAAGAUAAUGCUCUAAAGUUUGAAGAAGAAUUGGAAGAAGAUGAGCCUGAGUUGCCUUGGUGUGUAUUAUGCAAUGCAGAUGCUCAAUUGAGAUGUUUGGAUUGCAAAGAUCUUUAUUGUGCCCGUUGCUGUAAAGAAGCACAUAAGGAAUGGGGAGAUGAUGAUCAUGAAAUAAUUAAAUAUAAAAGAAAAUGAAACAAAAAGGUAUUUCUUAUAAUAUUUAGUAUACUAUAACUUUUAAUUUACAGCUAAAUCUUUAAUAGGUGGU